UCUUCCAGGUUUGGGAGGAAGAAGGUGGUUUUCAUCUCUCUCGUGGCCCAGAGUGUGGCAGUCAUGCUUCAGUCCUUCUCUCAUUCAUGGCAGAUGUUCUGCGUCAUGUUCCUCUUUGUCGGAGCCUCACAGAUUUCCCUCUAUAUUUCUGCGUUUGUGCUAGGAACGGAGGUUUUGAGUAAAACAAUGCGAAUACUCUUCACAACUCUCGGAGCCUUCCUCUUCUAUUGCAUUGGGUACAUGACACUACCCUGGAUUGCAUACGGCAUCAGAGAAUGGAGGACUCUUCUGGCAGUUCUGUCCUCAACUGCUGUUGUCUACAUCCCUCUGUGGUGGUUCAUCCCAGAGUCUCCUCGAUGGCUGAUCACCCAGGGAAGAGUGGAGGAGGCGGAGGCCAUAGUGAGAGAGGCUGCACGGAAAAAUAAGAUUGAAGCCCCAGCUGUAAUCUUUAAAGAAUCUGAGGCAUCGGCACAAUUUAAGAAAUACACCAUGCUUGACAUCCUAAAAUCCAAGAAAAUCAGAUGCAUAACUUUGAUGUGUCUCAUUCUGUGGAUGGCAAUAAACAUCGGGUAUUUCGGAUUGUCCCUGAACACCUCCAACCUGAGCGGCAACCCCUUCAUGAACUGUUUUUUAUCAGCUACGACUGAAGUCCCUGCAUAUGUCGUUUCAACUGUGCUUCUAAAGAAGUGUCCGAGAAGAGCACUUCUGUCGUCGUUCCUCAUCAUCGGAGGAGGAGUUCUUCUUCUCAUCCAGUUCAUCCCUGAAGAUCUUCAAUAUGUUGCUCUGGCACUGGAAAUGACUGGAAAGUUUGGCUUCACCAUGGCCUUCAGCAUCAUCUACAUUUACACCGCUGAGGUUUACCCUACUGUACUCAGGAACGUGGGCAUGGGGAUGUGCUCCUCUGCGGCACGCAUCGGCAGCAUCACAGCUCCUUAUGUCAUAUAUUUAGGUAGUUAUAAUAAGGCUCUUCCUUAUAUCCUCAUGGGAAGUCUCACAAUUGCCUCAUCUGUUGUGAACCUUUUCCUUCCGGAGACCCUCAACAGAGAUCUUCCAGAAACAGUGGAGCAGAUGCAGGAAUGUCAGGGGUAAGUUCAUUCCACUUAAAAUCCUGUGUUUUUCAUGUUACUAUUACAUAUUUAUUUUUGAAUCAACUUUAUUAUUAUUAUUUGUAUUAUUUAUUUUUU